AUGCUUCAACAUCUUAUCACUUGUCUAAAAACUCCAAAAUCAUUAAAGGAUUCUAUGAACACUAUAAAAGAUAGCUCGUCCAAAACAGAAAAACCCGAACUGCCAGAGAUAAAUAAUUCUCUUCCAAGUGCCUCAUCGUCUGCUAACAGUACCAUGAAUACUGAGUUUCAAGACAGCAAUGAUCAUGAUGACAUAAAAAUAAAAUUAGCGAGAGCUAUAUUUGUAACAGGGAUGCCAUUAUCGAUGGUGCAACAUCCUUUAUGGAUACAAUUUUUCGAAAAAUUGCAACUAAAUUUUAAAAUACCUUCACGUAAAACUGUAGCGACAAAAUAUUUAGAUAAAAUAUAUAGAGAGAUGCGUCUAGAGUUAAAUGAGGAACUAAACGCUUGCACUUACACCUUCAGUGCGAUGGCUGGUCUAAUAUAA